AUGGUCACGUAUGACCCAGCUCAAAACAUCCGGGAUCGCAAAUCUGAAAAAUCCCGUGCUUUAAGUCACGCUGCCAAAGUGUCGCACUUGCGGCGGCGUGUCGGCAAACGUACGGAUUCGGGUUACACCAAGUCUAAAGAGAUCAAUAUUGUGGCCAAUAAUCCUCGAAUCUGGGCGACUUCUGACUCAGCCAGACGUGCCAGCUUGCGGCGCCUUAGUUGCCGGCUUUUGACAGUGCUCAACCGAGGCAACAGCGACCCAUUUGAAACUACAGCGAUAACUAUCACGCCCGAAAUUUCUAUGUUAUUCGCUUUAUGGAUGACUCAUUAUGAGAGCAACGUUGUGUCUACUACUCGCAAGCUAAGUGAAGCCACGUUACGACAAGACAUGGUCCUUGGCAAUGAGCUCCAGAUGAGAUCUGUAAUACUCGCCUGCCAAGCUCUCCACUGUAUACAACUCGCAUACAACGAUGAUCUACAGGUCAAAACCUUGCAGUACAAGGAGAGCUGCUUGCAACAGCUCAGCAAGAUCAACAUAUUACCAUCAGACGCGGAAAUAGUACCCUUCAUCAAAGCCCUUACGCAUACGUUUAUUGCCGCCGUACUUCUCAACGAAGUAAACGAGGCGAAAAUACACGAAAGGCAACUUCGCCAACUUCUGACUGUCGUUCAGGGCGCGCAGUUUUGGAGUAACGAAGAUCAGAAUCUUCUCCUCAGUCGCGUCUAUUAUUACGACCAAAGAUGCGCUCUAGCGUACGUACAUGCACCGGUUCUAGAGCCUCACGUCAUUGGCCAGUACCGGGAGUUGUUUCCAAGUCCAGUUCUCGAAUGGUUGCAGAACCGACCAUCUGGCUUUUGUGUUGUGGGGGUGCCUACAUUCAGCAAGGAUAUUGGCGAAAUUUUCCAUCUGCUGCAAAGCCAUAUUGAUAUCGUGUGCCAUGGUUUGCCAGCAUUGUCUGGUAAGCUUGACGAAGAUGCCAUCUCUGGUCCCGUCCUCUACUCCAACCACCUCACAUCCAUGGCUUUUAAGCACUUAGAACUGGCUCACGAACAAUCCUUGGUCGCGAUCGAUACGAAGACUAGAUUUUUCUGGAAAAAUGAAGUUGUGCUCACACUCGCAGUACUGGUAUUCCUUGCGUCUACGGUGAAUGGUCCCAACAUUGUAAGUCUACGACAGCGUGGAGAGAAAGCUAUCAGGAGUCUUCAAUGCUCUUUAGAGCGUGUUUGGCAGGAAGCUGCUUACGUUCACGAUUCAUGGCUACACCGAUACGCGCAGGUAUGGGUGCUUUACAUGGGCGCGGUAUGGGAGCUGGAUAGCGGUGAGUAUGAUAAAGGCAAUAACUGGUUCACGAAGUAUUUGUGGCAUAAUAUCCGAGAGAACGAUAUUGAGUCCUGGGACGAACUCAUGGAAAUUACCGACAGCUUCCUACAUGUCCCUCGACACUGCGAACCAGGCUCGAUCUGGUUUUUGGGCAUGGCUGAUCUCCCGGGGGAAGUUAGGUCUAAUGGAUGUGAGACUACGAUUCCAGCGACGCUAAAUAAGGUGUUAUUUCCUGAUUAA